GCGGAACGCAGCAUAUUGAUCUUUUUGUUUGACGUUUUGAAUUAGUAAUUUUGUGCUGUUUCGGUUAGUUUGCGUAUAAAUCAUAAUAGUAUUAUUCGAAAUGGAUUACAGCAGCACGGGUGCGAUGAGAAGUCCGUUCUCGCCUCGAGUGAGGCAGUCUGUUACAGGGCGAAGGCCCAUUGGGCUUUCGUCAGCUAAAAAGAACCAAAGUAAAUUUAUGCAGCCUACGGGUGAACCAGCUGGAGAUGUUGUGUACAAAACUCCAUUAACUACAAUAGAGACUUAUGGGAUGCCCCUCCCUGUGAUGGUUACUGAAGCCCUAACAUUUGCGAGUGGUGAGGUGAGCGUGCGGCUGUCAGCAUGCGGCUGGUGCUGGAUAGUGUCGGGGCGGCGCAUCAUCUCGUGGCCGCGCACCUCCACCACGUCCAGCAACACAUCCCUAGCACCGGCCAGCACCAUCGCCAGGGAACUGUCACUGCCUCAGACAGAUCUAGCACACAAGGCCGAUCUAGUCGUGCUGUUUUAUAUGGAAGGUGCACAGAUGCCAUCUUGUAUUGGAGUGUCCCCCGAGGGUACAGUCCGCUACUGGCCGUCGGUGGGCCAGGAGGGAGUGUACACAGAUGUGUCAUGUGAGCUGGCCGGCCAGGAGUGUGAGAAGCUGGGAGACUACACCCCUGAGGGCCUGGUGCUGGCCACCACUACAUGCACCGUUGUACUGCUCAACCCUACUGUUGUUGAGGGUCGCGCGACGGUGACGUGUCGCACGCUGCGGCCGCCCAGCGGCUGGCUCGGCGGCAUCGGCCGCCGCGUCUCGCUGCUGUUCUUCGGCUCCAUGCCUGCACACGCUGACACGAAACUAGUGGGCGUGGUGGUGCUGCCGGGCGGCGGCGAGGCGGAGAGCACGAUCGCGCUGGUGUCGGGCGGGCCGGCCCUGCAGCUGUGGCGCGGCGCCGAGCUGCACGAGCACGCGCUGCGCCGCCCGCUCACCGACGCCGUCGCCAGGACGCAUCUCGCCUCGCACGGGGACCUGAACAGCUUGGAGAUCAUGGCGCUAGACGUGCAGCCGAGCGGCAACAACGGGCUGCUGCUGCUCAUCGCCACCGUCAACGUCGCGCGCUCGCCCGAGAUGCGAUAUGCUAUCGCGCACGUGAGCGUGGAGGACGUGUCCGCUCCGCGCGUGUCGUGGCUGGUGCAGGCGCGGGGCUGGGCGGGCGACGCGGACGAGCCGCCGCGCUUCCUGCCGCUGCCGAGACACGCGCUGCUCUACACCAGGAACUACAUCGCCAUACUCUCCACGACGGUGUCGAACGACAAGGUGGAGUACAUCGACGUGUCGGGCGAGGGCGACGCGGUGCUGGGCGCGGCGCUGUGCGGGCCCACGCCGCUGCUCUUCAGCCGCAAGCACGGCGUGCUGGCGCUGGCGCAGCCGCCCCAAGCACAGCCCACGCCGUCGAUGUGCGAGAGUCCGCUGGGCUCGCCUUGUCCGUCUGACAUGUACGACGGCAACUUGUCGCUUUACGAGAUAGAUCCGCACGAGGUGAGCCUGGUGACGCAGGACGCGUGCGGCAAGCUGAAGACGGCGUUCCUGUUCCACGUGCGGCGCGAGACGGCCGCGUGCCGCGCCGCGCUGGCGGAGCUGUUCCCCGCGGGCGACGAGCGCGACGUGGACGCUCCGCUGGACCGCGCGGCGCGCCGCAUCGCCGCCGCGCUGCUGGACGACGCGCCGGCCGGCGACCCGCGCUGGCGGCGCCGCGGGCCCGCCACCGACAUCUGCCUCGGCAGCUCGGCGGCGCUGCAGCUGGACCGCCAGCUGCGCGACAAGCAGCGCGCCUUCUCGCUUUUCUGCGACUUCCUGCGCGCCGUCGGGCUUUGGCAGCGCCUCGGACUCGUCACUAACGAGUCUGGCGGCGGCGUGGUGAGCACGGAGAGCGCGCUGGGCGGGCUGGCGGAGCAGCUGGCCACCGCCAUCACACUGCGCAAGCUGCAGCAGGGGCCCGAUGCGCAGAUCAUCGACGCUGCCAUAUAUCAGGUGGUGUGCGGCAGCCGCGCGGAGCUGGAGGAGGAGCCGGAGGUGGAGGAGGCGCUGGCGUCGGGCGCGCUGGCGCCGGCCGACGUGUGCUACCGCCGCGUGUCGCGCGUGUGCCGCGUGCUGCGCGCGCUGUGUGCCGCGCCGGCGCCGCCCGCCGCCCGCGCCGCCGCCGCGCACGCCGCCGCCACGGCGCGCGUGCUGGCGGCGCUGCUGCGCGCGCGGCACGCGGCACGCGCGCACUGGCCGCCCGCGCCGCCCGCACUGGGCUCACGCACGCUGCUCUCCUGUCUCUCCGACUUCCACACGCGCGCCGUCACACAGGCGGCGCACGAUUGCCCAGAGCCGGCGCUGCGCGCGCAGGUGUACGAGACGGCAGCGGACCUGGCGGACCUCAUCCUCGCGGACGCCGAGCUGCUCAACUCGUCCUCGCACACGCAGCAUCUGUAUGAGCGCAUCCGCAGGGACACCAUACAGCCUUACGUGGAAGAGGGUCAGCGCGAGCGCGCGGCGGCGCUGGCGGAGAAGUUCAAGGACUUCGAGCUGCUCAUCGAGAUGUGCGUCGACAGCGACGACAUCGACAAACUGUUCGCAUACAUCGAUAAAUAUUCUAAUGAGGGCAUAGCAGAGAUAACAUUCGCCCGGCUAGCGGAGGGCGGCGGCCCCCGCAGCGCGCUGCUGCUGCGGCGCGUGGGGGCUCGUCUGGCGGCGCCGCUGCGCGCGUGGCUGCAGGCGGCUCCGGCACGCACGGCGCUGCUGGCGCUGCAUCUGCUCAGCACGCAGCACCUCGCGCGGGCGGCCGACGCGCUGCUCGUGCUCGCCAAUGAGGAAGUCGACAGCGUCAACAGACUCACCACGACGGCGUCGCUAGCGAAGCUGUGCCUGCACGCGGACUCGGUGGGCGGCGGCGCGGAGUGCGGCGCGUGGCGGCGCCUGGAGUCGCGCCUGGCGCUGGCCGCGCAGCACCGCGCGCUGCCCAGACCGCUGCGCCUGCACCACGGGCUCGACGGUGACGACACGCCCGUGCUGCCGCCCGAGCAACUCGUGCAGAUGUACAUAGAAUCGGAGAGCUCUGGUCUGACGGAGUACGACUACAAGAAGGCGCUGGACCUCACGGACUACGUGCACGACAUGGAGCGACGCGACGACCUGCGACUCCGGGUGUGGUGCGCGUGCAUCCGCCGCGACGACUGGUCGUCGUGCCGCGUGGACUCGCCGGCUGAUGAGCUGCACACCAAGAUGUUCUUCCGCCUCAUCGACCUCGUGCACGUCAUGGGUGGGGACCUGGAGCUCCUCCUGCCGCCGGUGGAGGACAUCCUGACGGCGCCGGAGCUAGCAGAGCUGGUGUCCGACCCUCGGUUCCACUUCAUCAUCAAGUACGGCUACGAGUGCGUCGACACCACCAGGAACCACGACAUGGCAGACGAGUAAACACCAUACAUACGGUGUAUCACUCUCAAUGGGUGUUAAAAGUGAGAAUUUUAAUAUUAAGGUUACAUGGGAUGCUGGUUUAAUCUUUACAAAAUUAAUAUAAACUACCUUAAAGUUAUGACAUCAAAUUAUUAUUAAUUGUUAUGAACUGUUAUGUACUGUGUUAAAUUAUUUAUUUUCGGUCGAAUUUACUAGCGCCCUCUCCCGACCCGUAAUAAAAGUGGCGAAAUUCGCUACAGUGCGCUAAAAAGUCGAUUACAAUUCCUUUUUUUGUGGUUAAAUCGGCAUCCGGUAUACAUUUAAAUAAGUACAUUUACGAGUAAAGAAGACUUUGUAGUUUUUACUUGCAAACAUUUAACAUUUAUCUUAGAAAUACCUUAGCUUGAGCUUGUACCGUAACUCACGUAAAACUAGUAACUUGUAGCGUCGCUUAGUGGCAGUGAUAGACUUAGCAUCGAUCCUUUAUCUCGUAACAAUGAUGUAGCAAGGCUUGUUUGUUGUUCAGAGCCAAAUAUACGAGUUUGUAGCUUUUAGAUAACUUUAAUAUAAGUAGUGUCAUCUUUCGCUAUUCCGUGAUUAACUUCAAGAUAUUAUUCUAAAUAGCGUUACUGUUAGAGUGGGCAGGUUAUUUACUUGAUAUGAACCUGACUCAAGCAAAGGUGUUCACAAUACAAAUAUAGAUUUUAUUCCAGUAUAAAGAUGUUUUAUGUGACAAUUUAGUAAACUUAUCACCUUAAUUCAUUGCCUUAAUGCCAACCGUUUAGACUUACUCGAAGCAUUCAAAUAUAGUGAGAACCGCAAAUAGUAGGAGAUGAGAGUAAUAUAAUAUUAGUCAUUAAGUUAGUUGUUAAGUUUUAGUACUGCCAACUGCUUGUCGGUGGUAAUGAUACCAGGGGCUCGAUCCUGCUAAUUUUAUUUAAGCGACAUUUGAUAUUCUAACUAAAAUUCAAUCACGACUCAAUUACAUUUGAAGGGUAUGUGGCAUUCCGCCAUUUUUUCUUUUUAAAUAAACGUUUUUAUCCUUUUCUGUGAUUCAAUAAUGAAUUAUAUUGUAAUAUGAUUGAAGCAGACUACCCUAUAUACCAAAUGGCAGAACAAUGGCAAACCAAUGAAAUGUCAUUAGAAUACGAUGGAUCUUAUAUUAGUAGCAGAAGAGAUUCAAUUGUCAGAUUUUUAAGUUAGCAUAAUCAAGCUCCUGGUCACGUAUGACACUUUCCUAGCGAGUGAGUGCCUGUUAUAAUGGUCGCGAUACCAGCGUCAGGCAGUGGGCAGUACCUAGCGAGAUAAUUCCGCUGCGGCUGAGUUACCGAUACCUCUUCCACCGACACUCUUGUCGCGCCCACCGCGUAGCAUGACUGUUCCUACGGUUAUUGCCAACAAAUAACCGUCUCUUCAGAUUGCGGUAAGUGGUGAAUACUUGCAUGUAACCAAGUGCCCAAGAUCAUCCACCAGUAACUUGCUCUGCAAGACAAACUUGUGGAGUUUAUGGUACCCUACUCGAAAAUGAUCGUGCGAAGUCAUGUCAAAAAUACAUAAAAUUACAUGCUGAAAAUCGUUUGUUUCUAUUGUUCUACCGACAAAAGUUGUAUGUUUAACGGUCAUGCUACGUGUGCCAGAAGUUAUACGCCUGCACAGCAGCUUCACUAAAAGUCUGAUAGUUAAGACUGAUGUUCAAUUCGAGCACGAUAUUAAUACACCAGAGGUUAUAUUAAAUGCAGAUUAUAUUUAUACAAGUUUGUGUGUGUUUGCUACAAAUACGAGCAUGUAUAUGUAGUACUAUAAAAUACGAACCAAAGUUAUAUUUGAAAAGUUUGCACUUGAAAAGACUGCUAAGUUAUAUACAACAGGCGAGACGAGAGCGUCAGUGGAAUAGCAAAUAUAAUAACUCACCAUUCGAUGAUGUGCAGUCAGACUGAUUUAGAUGUAAGUAGAAUAGGUUACUCGGAACGUGUUUACUUGUGACGACAGUAUUGAAUUGACAGAAAAUGUUUCUACUAUUCCUCUUGGUCAGUUCUAAUAGUUAGGCUCAUGCCCUUUUUUAUGUGUGAAAUUUCAGUCUAUGACUGGAGACAUAAUUUUUCAGGCUCUGUGAUUAGUAUCUCUACUGAGAAGUAUAAAACAUAUAAAAUAAAUAAAAAUAGGGGGAAAAAUGGUAAAGGAGAAUUAAUAUUUAAACAAUGCAACAACACCAAACUCCUCCAGUAUAUUCUGAGAGAAGUACAUAGAAGAAAAAUCACGACAUCAAACACUCCAUCUUGCAUAUUAUCGUCACAUGUAGAAUCGGUCCGAAUAUAAUUUAAGUGUAGUAGCUGCUUAGAGCCAAGACCACAUACGAGAAAUAUACAUUUAUCUUAUAGUUGCUAAUAAUGAUGUGUUCAGUAAAUUGCUCCUCCACUUACAAUUUUAAUAAAAUACGCUUACAAAAGGCCUCAAGUAUUAUCAAAAUUAAUAUAUACAGCUUACAUUAUAAUAAAAAAAUAUUCAUAACAAGUAAGUGCUUUAGCUCCUUGUAACUAACGACGUCUAAUUUUACAAGGACCAUUUCCAUUUUGCUGUGAGAACUUAGUGUGAACCUGCGGGCCUAGCAUGGCGAUUCUAUCUCUAUUCUACCAAGAAACGACAAAGCUCUUUCUUUCCCACUCGACAUGUCUUCUACCCGAGCAUGGCGCGAGCUGUAGACUCGCGUUUCUAUCAAGAGAAAGACUUUCCAUAGCAACGGAUAAGUAGCUAGUGAUGGGUCGUUCUGCGAUGAAUUUACGUUUAGUUAGCCAAAAAAAAUGUGUCAAUGCACUAUUUUUCACGCAUGAACCUAUACAUAAACUCACGUAACUCAAAGUAACAACAAAACGUAUUCAUCGAACUUAUUUUUUAUCUGUGGAACUAAAAUGGUUCAUGUUUGUUUGUUUACAAAAAACGAUUAUUGUUGUUGAUUUUACGUAUAUAAAUAUUGGUGAUUAUUACUGCAUGCGGCAAGGAAAAACGUACGAAGUCCCAUCCAAUAAACAGAGAAGAUAGUAUCCCGAUCCAUUGGGAAAAGAAGGCCACGAUAAAGAAGAAUAGGUCCGUAUUCAAAAGCUGCUGAAAAAAUAUGGAAAAGAACGAGUUCUUGGCUUACAAUGCUGACACGAGAAACAUUCUAUUAAUUACAAAAAAAGGAUGCUAAAUGACAACUGGGUCGUCAGUUUACAAAUUAUAAAUUAUUGAAAUGAUAUCAUUUAAUAAAGAAUGUGAAUGUUAAAAUCAUAA